UUGAAGGGCUCGGGUGAAGAUAAUGGUAUCUAACAUUUUUGGCGAAAUCUACUUUUUAUAUGGAAUUAAUGGUAAAUGUGGCUAGAAAUAGAUUCCUUGUGAAGAUUUAUCGAUAUCUUGAUAGAUGGCGCUACAGUAGCACCCUAACAUCCUGGUAACUAACAGUCGUCGUGACGAAUAUAAUGGUAUCUGUCAUCAUGGCGGCGAACACCAAGUUGUUGUGUGAACAAAAUAAGAGAAAUUUGCAAGAAAUAUGUGACACAAAUGGUAGUUCUGAGUGCGAUGAUAGCGAUAAAGAUCCAGACUACAGUUUUAACGAAGAGAUUGGCAAGAAAAAGAAACAUCGUAAGAUAUGGCCUACACCUUUGCCCAACAACAAUACUAAUGCAGUAUCUGGUGAACCUGACAAGGAAAACUCUGUUCGAGGAAGAAAAAGGAAACGCGGAUGUAACAUUGAUCAGCGACAACAAAACAAACGGAACAGUGGUCAAUCAUAUACGUGUAAAAGAGGAAAGGGAAACGUUAUACUACAAAAAUCGAUGAGAGAAGAUUGUUUGUGCAAAAGAAAAUGUUUUGAGGUAGUAUCAGCAGACGAAAGGAAAAGUAUUUUUCAGAAGUUUUGGGAGAUAAAUAAUUUUAAUACCCAAAAUGCGUAUUUAUUUGGAUGCAUGCAGAUUAAAAUAAAGGCCCGCAGUACCAAACCAAAGGACUCGCCUUCCCGAAGGAGUCACACUGUCGAAUAUCAGCUACAGGCAAUACGAGGUAUCAAAUUUGUAAGAAAGCAUUUCUGAAUAUUCAUGGACUACAACAUAAUAGGGGUAGAGUCGAGAAUAUUGCUAAAAACAUCAAACAAGGUUUACUAACGCC